GUCACUCGGAGGGAGUUGUGGACUAGUGCGGAGGACUGGCGUCUCUUUCUGAAGGAAGUCCUGUUUGUGUCUUUUUGUGCCCAGUCUUGUCUUCGGUUUUAAUUUAAAUUCACUGAGGUAGUAGACCCGGAGAUGGAAAGCUGUAACCUUGCCAAGUAAUAAGAUGUGCUGCAACUUUAACAACAUGCAUGGACUAAAUAUAUAGACUUUGCAGUAAUGACUUGAAGUGGAUUUGGCACCGACCCGCAUAUUCGACAGUCACGCUUGAGCAAUCAUCUUUUGGUUGCACAGAGGUAAUACUAUAGCUAGCAAUCUGGCGGCUUGAUAUUGAUAGAAAGCACAGACCUGACAAUCAUGUCUGCUCAUGGACUGGAGUCUCAUAAUUUUUUUCUUGGUUCGGAGGAUACGGAGCUGUUGCAUCAAAUGAAACCCCAAGAAUUUGAAGAUUUUGAUCAAGAUGAAGAAUAUGAUUCUCCACCAGAAAGGCAGAUUGUGGUCGGAAUUUGUGCCAUGGCCAAGAAAUCAAAGUCCAAGCCAAUGAGUGAGAUUUUGGGACGACUUUGCAGGUUUAAAUACAUCACUACUGUUAUAUUUGAAGAGGACACAAUUCUAAAUGAGCCAGUGGAACAGUGGCCACUUUGUGACUGCCUCAUUUCUUUUCACUCAAAAGGAUUUCUGUUGGACAAAGCAGUAGCUUAUGCAAAGCUCAGGAACCCAUUUGUUAUUAAUGAUUUGAACAUGCAAUAUAAUAUUCAAGACCGGAGGAAAGUUUACCAGAUUUUGAAAGAAGAAGGCAUUGAGUUGCCACGCUACGCAAUACUGAAUCGUGAUCCAAAUAAACCAGAUGAAUGUAAUUUGGUAGAGGGUGAAGAUCAUGUGGAGGUAAAUGGGGAUGUCUUUCAAAAACCAUUUGUGGAAAAACCAGUAAGUGCUGAGGACCACAAUGUUUACAUUUACUAUCCAACAUCUGCUGGUGGAGGAAGCCAAAGACUGUUUCGAAAGAUUGGCAGCAGAAGCAGUGUUUAUUCCCCGGAAAGCAGUGUCCGGAAAACAGGCUCUUAUAUAUAUGAACAGUUUAUGCCAACAGAUGGAACAGAUGUGAAGGUUUACACAGUUGGUCCAGAUUACGCUCAUGCUGAGGCCCGCAAAUCUCCUGCUCUUGAUGGUAAGGUUGAACGAGACAGUGAAGGAAAAGAAGUUCGCUAUCCUGUCAUUCUAAAUGCGAGAGAGAAGUUAAUUGCUUGGAAAGUUUGCCUUGCUUUUAAGCAAACCGUUUGUGGCUUUGACCUGUUACGAGCUAAUGGCCAAUCCUACGUCUGUGAUGUUAAUGGAUUUAGCUUUGUUAAGAAUUCCAUGAAGUAUUAUGAUGACUGUGCAAAGAUUUUGGGAAACAUCAUAAUGCGGGAGUUAGCUCCACAGUUUCAGAUUCCGUGGUCUGUUCCAACUGAGGUGGAAAAUAUUCCUAUCGUACCAACUACGUCUGGCACGAUGAUGGAGCUUCGUUGUGUAAUAGCAGUCAUUAGGCAUGGGGAUCGAACUCCAAAGCAAAAAAUGAAAAUGGAAGUCAGGCAUCAGAGGUUUUUUGAAUUGUUUGAAAAAUACAGUGGAUAUAAAGCUGGAAAAAUAAAAUUAAAGAAGCCAAAACAACUACAGGAAGUAUUGGAUAUUGCAAGACAUCUUUUGGCAGAACUGGGCCAGAAUAAUGAUUCAGAAAUAGAAGAAAGUAAAUCAAAACUUGAACAACUGAAAACAGUGCUUGAGAUGUAUGGGCAUUUUUCUGGAAUAAAUCGUAAAGUUCAGUUGACGUACCUACCUCUUGGAUGUACAAAGACCUCAAGUGAAGAAGACGACAAUAAGAGAGAAGAACCUUCGCUACUGCUGGUAUUAAAGUGGGGUGGAGAACUGACUCCGGCAGGCAGGGUCCAAGCUGAAGAACUGGGUCGUGCUUUCAGAUGCAUGUAUCCAGGAGGACAAGGAGAUUAUGCAGGAUUUCCCGGUUGUGGUUUGCUCCGAUUACACAGUACAUAUCGGCACGACCUAAAGAUCUAUGCAUCGGAUGAAGGGAGAGUUCAGAUGACGGCAGCAGCCUUUGCUAAGGGAUUGCUAGCUCUGGAAGGGGAGCUGACCCCAAUUCUUGUACAGAUGGUUAAAAGUGCGAACAUGAAUGGCUUGCUAGACAGUGACAGUGAUUCCCUGAGUAGUUGCCAGCAGCGGGUUAAAGCUCGGCUUCACGACAUCCUACAAAAAGACCGAGACUUCACUGCUGAAGAUUAUGAGAAGCUUGCUCCUACUAAGAGCAGUUCUAUAAUUAGGUCAAUGCAGCUCAUCAAAAACCCUGUAAAGACUUGUGAUAAGGUUUAUGCCCUAAUUCAGAGCCUAACGUCCCAAAUUAGACAGAGGAUGGAAGACCCCAAAUCAGCUGAUAUUCAACUUUACCAUAGUGAAUCUCUUGAGUUGAUGUUGCGAAGAUGGGCUAAAUUAGAAAAGGACGUCAAAUUGAAAAACGGGCGUUAUGAUAUCAGCAAAAUUCCUGAUAUCUAUGACUGCAUAAAGUAUGAUGUUCAACACAACAGUUCCCUACAACUGGAGAACACAAUGGAACUGUAUCAGUUAUCAAAGUCAUUGGCUGACAUUGUGAUACCUCAGGAAUAUGGCAUUACCAAGGCUGAGAAGAUGGAUAUUGCCAAAGCAUAUUGUACUCCUUUGAUAAGGAAAAUUCGUUCUGACUUGCAAAGAACUCAGGAUGAUGACACUGUUAACAAACUCCAUCCACUAUACUCAAGAGGAGUCUUAUCACCAGAGAGGCAUGUCCGUACUAGAUUGUACUUUACAAGUGAGAGCCAUGUACACUCACUCCUUUCUAUAUUGCGCUAUGGGGCGCUGUGUAAUGAGGUCAAAGAUGAGCAGUGGAAAAGGGCAAUGGGUUAUCUGAACUAUGCCAGUGAACUCAAUUAUAUGACACAGAUUGUUAUCAUGUUAUAUGAAGACCCAAAUAAGGAUCCUUCUUCCGAGGAACGCUUUCAUGUUGAAUUACACUUCAGUCCUGGUGCUAAAGGAUGUGAGGAAGAUAAGAAUCUUCCAUCAGGUUUUGGAUACAGACCAGCCUCUCAUGAGAGUGACAAUGGAAGCAAAACCUUCCCGGCAAAUGAAAAUGAGGAGGAUUCAGUUUCAAGAAGGGAAGAUGCUGAAAAAAGUACAUUGUUGUUCAGGCCAAUGGUCUCUGAUCCCAUAUACAUACACCGAAAAUCCCCACAGCCACGAUCCAGAAAAAUAGGCUCAGUGGAAGAAGAGAGCCCCCUGAGUCUGUCUAGCCCAGAGUGUAGUGGUACCUGGAUGCAUUACACUAGUGGUGUGGGUGCUGGGCGUCGAAGACGCAGAUCAGGGGAACAAAUCACUUCUUCCCCUGUCUCCCCCAAAUCAUUGGCUUUCACAUCAAGUAUUUUUGGCUCAUGGCAACAGAUUCUCACUGACAACACUCCUGGUUUACGAAUUGGAAGACCCCAUACAGAGCAGAAAUACACUGGACUUGGGUCUCAGUGUGCAGGCCUGUUUAGCACUACUGUGCUUGGGGGUUCCUCGAGUGCACCUAACCUACAGGAUUAUGCUCGUGCGCAUCGUAAAAAGCUGACAUCAUCUGGCUACUUUGAUGACGCCACACGCAGUUCUGCUGUAAAAAGAUUUUCUAUCUCAUUUGCUCGACACCCAACCAAUGCGACUGAAAAUGUGGAUCUGUCUUACGAAGAAUCUUCAGCUCAAACACACUUCAUAAAAGGAUUUGAGCUUUAUUCGAUGGUGCCUUCCAUCUGUCCCCUUGAAACCCUUCAUAAUUCUCUGUCUCUGAAACAAGUGGAUGAAUUUCUUGCAUCAAUUCCUGAAAGCAAUGCCCCUUCUGAGACUUUUACUGUAUCCUCAGCUUCUGGUAGUCUUUUUUCUCUGGGUAGAAGAAUUUUAAAUACAUAUACGCCCAGAAGGAUACUUCCAACACCUCAGUCAUCAGAUCACGACAGUAACAGAUCUGUAUUCUCAGGACAACCAGAACUGGACACACUACUCCAAAAGUGACCUCACCAAUGUCCUGUACAACCGUAACCUGUUCCAACUCCUACAUGAAGUUGUCUGACCAAUGAAGGCAAGCAUGCUGAAAUCCUUCUUAGCCAUCCUGUUAACCUGUGUUGCAACUUUCAAAUACCUGUUUAUUUCUACUGUUUAUUCUUAGCUGCCGUCAAUUCUCUGUCCAUGUGUGCUCACUACCUCCAAUCCCAUAUGCAUUAAUUUUACAUGCCAAUGACUUAUAUGAAACCUUGUCACAAGCUUUCUGUAAUUCUGAGUAAACUACAACCACUGGUUUCCUAUUAUCAACUCUACUAGCCACAUCCUCUCAAAAUUCCAAUAGAUUUUUUAAGCAUGACUUCCUUUUCAUAAAUCUAUGCUCAAUCUGUCCAAUCUGUCAAUAUUCUCCAACUGCUUUAAUAUUAAAUCUUCUACACUGAACUGUAGCAUUUCCCCAUAUUGAUGUCAGGCUGACUGGUCUAUAAAAUUUCUUUACCUCUGUUUUUAAAUUGAGAGGUUACACCAGCUUCCCUCCAAUCCAUCACAAUUGUUCCAAAGUCUGGUGGUCAUCUUUCAAGAUUUCACAAUGUCUUCGUUCUCUCUAGCCACUUCCUUAAGUACUCUGGAAUGUUGAUUAUCAGGUGCGGGGGAUUUAUCAGUCUUUAAUCCAAUCAAUUUCCCCAACAUCAUUUUCCCUACUGAUUUCCUUCAGUCCCUCUCUCUCACUAGAUCCUUUCUUCCCCAACAUCAUUGGGAUAUUAUUUAUGUCCAAAUGCAGCUUGCAUAAAGCACAAGUAUAAACUGCUACUUCAAAUUUACAAGUUAAUUUAUAUCGACAUGUAAGAAGUUUCAGUUCUUCUCAUGUACAUUAAUACAUUGAUAAUUCAUUUUAUUCUCAAAAAUACAACUUCCGCUGUCCCCUAUUGCACAUGGUACUUGCUGCUUUAACUUGUUUGGGGUGAAAUGGUUAUCUGCCUAAAUUAAAAAUCCAUCUGAAGAUAGAAAUGUUUUUUGUAAAUCUGCUUUUUUUUUGCAACUAUUUAUCCAAAUUCCAUCAGUUUCAAUUGAAAUUUGCUUGAAACCUCCCUUUGAGUUUACUCUGAACUCUACUUGCAAUUGAGCAAAGACCUGCAGAAACCCACUGUCUAAUAAAGUCAAGCAUUGCUAUCUUAAGAGCUAUUAGCUUUUCAUUCUGGUUUGUUUAUCAGUAAAUACUGUAGCUGUGAAGCUACUAAGCCAACACAGGAACAUGAGUAGACUUCUUGAGCUUGUUCCACCAAUUCAGUGAGGCCAGGGCUGAUCUUCGGUCUAUAUCUGCCUUUUCCCCACAUCCUUUAACACCUUUGCUUAAGAAAAUGUUACCUCAGAUAUAAAAUUAAUAACUGAUCUAGCAUCAAAUCUUUUGCACCAUUUUACUCCUGAAGGUUUCAGAUGCAUUAACUUCAUUUUAACGUGAUGUUUUCUUUUUGUUGCAUUUGAUUUGUCUGUUUAUUUUUAGCCUUCCUUAUAGAAAGUUAUUUAGUAAAUGUUACUGUUUGAGUACAAAUGUAAAUUGGCUGUAAAAGAUUUGCCGUUUGUGGAAGAGAACCUUUACCAACCUUUGUGUGUAGAAGUGCUUCCUGACAUCUCUCUCGAACAGUCUGGCCCUAAUUUUUCGACUAUGCCCCCUAGUUCUAGAAUCUUCAAGGAACAGAAACAGUUUAUCUACCCUAUCUUUUCCUGUUACGAUUUUAAAGACUUCAGUCAGGUCAUCCCUUCUCUUUCUAAAUUCUAGAGAAAACAGGCCUAAUUUGGAUAAUCUCUCCUCAUAACUUAACCCUUAAGUCCAAAUAUCAUUCUUGUAAACUUAGACCAUACUCCCUUCAACAUCAAUAUAUCCUUCCUAGGAUGUGCUCAAAUCUACUCUCAGUACGAAUGUCUUUUCACCAUUUUACUCCUGAAGGUUUCAGAUACGUUAACUUCAUUUUAAUAUAUGAUGCUUUCUUCUUUUUGUUGCAUUUGAUUUUUCUGUUUAUUUUUAGCCUUCCUUAUAGAAAGUUAUUUAGUAAAUUUUACUGUUUGAGUAAAAAUGUAAAUUGGCUGUAAAAGAUUUGUGUAAUGAACACAUUUUUCAAAAAGUUAUCCUCAUUCAUUUGCCUUGUCAGCAAGAUCUACUUGCUUAGUAUGCCACUUUGCACACAGAUUUACUUCUUUCAAUUAAUAUAGAUUUGUCAGACAUCCAUUCUUGCUGCUUUAAGUGCAUGCCAUUUAUUCUUGCAAUAAAAAAAUA